GCCUUUGAGCCCAACAUGCUGUGGAUUUGACACGGUCCGGCUCUCCGGACGCUGCUGGUGGGUCGUCCACACCUUAGUCCGCCUCUUCUGCCGCCGUCGACCGUGAUGCCGCCGGUGUGUCCGCGUCCUGCCGGUGCGUCCGAUCCACGGCGCGGGUCACGCGUGUAGCUCCGGUCACAGAUGAACACAGGGAAGUUUUCCUCCCGUGACCUGAGGACACAGGCGGAUCAUUCCACGGUGCUGCUCGGUUUGGAUGGCAUGAUGCUUUGAGGGAGUUGCAUGAGGCAGCCGGGGUGAUCAUGAUGGAGGAGGCUGCCAGCCGGCUCGAGAGAGACCAUGUGCACAGCGUCUAUGACAAGAUAGCUCCAUAUUUCAACGACAGCCGCUAUAAAGCCUGGCCCAAAGUCAGACAGUUCCUGCUCGAUCUGCAGCCGGGAAGCAUAGUCGCUGACAUCGGCUGUGGAAAUGGCAAGUAUCUCCACAUCAAUAAGGAGGUGUUCAAGCUGGGGUGUGAUGUGUGUCGACCCUUGGUGGACUUUGCCUGGAGCCAGGGACACGAGGUGCAGAUGUGUGACGGACUGCAUUUGCCUUACAGAGACGGCUGCUUCGACGCCGUGCUCUCGAUUGCAGUCAUCCAUCACUUGUCCACCAAAGAGCGACGUAUCCGAGCAAUAAAGGAGAUGGCUCGCACCUUACGAGUGGGUGGACGCAUCAUGAUCUAUGUGUGGGCCAUGGAGCAGAAACGUCGUAAAUUUGAGAAGCAAGACAUCUUUGUACCCUGGAACCCGAACCCUCUUUCUCCCUCCAACUCCAGCGGGGAACGCUCCAAACCCAGGAGGAGGGCAACAGCACAGAGCGUGAGCGAAGCCAUAGACAACAGUGAUAAGCACAGAAAGGUUAGAAGCACAUCCUCCGUGGCAGACGAAGGAGAACUGACCUGCUCCACGCCACAGCAGAGAACCCAGAGACUGUGGUUCUUCUCCAGGUCUUUGGAUUCUGUGUUCGACUUCGGAAGCCUCGCCGUCUCCCGCUCGUCCUCCAGAGAUUUGAGCACUUUAUCGUCACCCCCGGGGGAAAACACGGGGAACAGGGCAGGCGUUUGCGGGAGAAGACGAGGCCUUAUCAAGCAAGUGUCAAACUUCUUUUCUCCUCCGUCUGUAAUCGGAUCAGAAGAGGAUGUUUUUGACUCGGUCACAGAUGGGCACAAGGAGCAAAACAGCCCCGGGGCAAACAAAAACACAGCCGCCGACAGCUCAGAAAACCAGAGUGUCCCUGUCUCUUUAGCCCAGGAGUGCGGCGCUCUGGCACUGCCAGACCUCGUCUCUUUCCAGAAGGGACACCUGACGCAGUCUGGAGACGAGAGUGACGGAGAGCCGCAGGGAAAAGAGCAGCUGGAAAGCACACGGAGUCCUCAGGGGAGCGAGGGGCAGGUGGAAGGAUCCUGUCUGAGGUACUAUCACGUCUUCAGGGAGGGAGAACUGGCAGAGCUCAUAGAGAACCACGUGGAAGAGCUUCACGUCAAACACACCUACUUCGACCACGCCAACUGGUGUGUGGUGGCAGAGAAGGUUCAGCUCUGGAAAAUAUGACUUUUCACUUGUUUCAUCUUCACCUUUUGCCUCAUGUUUUAGCACUGAAUCCACGUUCAAUGGAAUAAAACAACUGUAAAUGUAAACUACGAAUCAACAGUUGAUGCCAAGAUCUCCAUUUUUGGACUGAUGACACUCAGCAACUACAUCUGCGUUUCUGGAUGUAGACAUUUGUCAUUUUUAUUUUAUUCCAUUUUAUUAUGUAAGUUUUUACAUUGUGAAAUAAGUUGUUUUUUUUCCACAGCUUCUCCAGCAAAGGCAGACAGCAGUGUUCAACAGUGGCUACAAUUAGAUGAAACCACAUUUUUACAGUAUUUUUGUUUCGUUACAGGAGACUGAUAAGCACUAUCCAAAAACCCAGUGUGUUUUUCUAUUGGCGUAAUGACUUUGUUUUUAUCAAAAUGUGGUAAAUGAUUUUAACCCUUUUGAAGCAGUAUUUCUGGAAGGUUUAUUUUAAGAAAUGCACUGUUUGGGCUCUGGAUUUUUAUUAUUGCUUAAGAAACGGCACUAUACUCUUCCAUCUUAAAUGUUUUAACGCAUCGACUACACUGGUUUCUUACUUUCUUUUUUGCUGUGUCUUCACCUGCCUGGUUUUACUGGUACAUAUGAGGAACUAGAGGCAGUACAUGUCAUGAAUCUCUUGGCAGGAUUUUGUGUAAACUGCUUAUGUGUAAUCUGUCAUGAAGCUAUUGUAAGACGAGCUUGCACUUGUGCAGAAUAUAGUCCGACAUUUGUGCCAUUUGCUUGGUGUGUUUUACUCCGUUUCAAAGGAUGUGCUUCCAGUGUGUGCUGGAUUUUAUUUGUAGUAGUUCUGUGAAACUGUCUUGUGUUUAAAGAAUCUAGCUGAACUAUGACACUAGUGUGAUUUGCCCGAUCACCUGCCUCAUAUACUGUGAAUAUACAUUGCACUGUACCACAGGUAUGUCGCUGCUUGAUGUCAGUGAACGACAUAAAUGUAGGUAAAACUUGAAACAUACUGGUUUUAUGUACCCGUUGUGCCAAAGAAGGUGCAUAUCCUUAUCAGUACAGUUUGUGUGGACCAACUGUGGUUGUUCUGAAGUAACUCUGGUACCUUAAUGUCUCAUGUGAACUAAUAUAAAUGCUUAUGAUUUUGUUUUUCUCUAUUAAAUAUUUUGGUUCAUGAUCAU